AUUGCGGGAAACAACGAUAUAUUCUGACAGCCAAGAUGUCUGGUUUUGACGAUGUUGGUGUUUUCUUUUCUGAUAAUUUUGGGUCCGAAGAUCACCCUGAUGAAAGUCAGAUUAACAGACAGCAAGUGAAGAAACGGUUCAAGGAUUUCAUUCGUCAGUUUCACGAGGGAAACUUUUCCUACAUUUACAGAGAUCAGCUGAAGAGACAUUAUAACCUGGGACAAUAUUGGCUGGAAAUUACACUUGAAGAUCUGAGCAGUUUUGAUGAAAACCUUGCCGAAAAGUUACUCAAAGUACCCACAGAGCAUUUGCCAUUGUUUGAAGAUGCUGCAAAGGAAGUCGCUGAUGAAAUCACUCAGCCACGACCAGAGGGCGAGGAGGAAGUGCAGGAUAUCCAGGUCAUGUUGUCGUCGGCAGCUAAUCCAUGUGGCAUCAGGAAUCUCAAGUCCAAUGAAAUGUCAAGACUUGUGAAGAUCCCCGGUAUUGUGAUAGCCGCCUCAGCAAUUCGUGCCAAGGCGACCCGUCUGUCCAUCCAGUGCAGAAGUUGCCGAAAUAUGAUCAACAACAUCCCAGUGAAGCCUGGUCUGGAGGGAUACCCACUACCCAGGAAGUGUAACACUGAGCAAGCAGGCCGGCCCAAAUGCCCCGUGGAUCCAUACUUCAUAAUCCCAGACAAAUGUCGCUGCGUGGAUUUCCAGACCCUCAAGCUACAGGAAACGCCCGAGGAUGUGCCCAAUGGGGAACUCCCUCGCCACAUGCAGCUCUUCUGUGACAGAUACCUGUGUGAAAAGGCUGUACCAGGGAACAGAGUCACUGUCAUGGGCAUUUAUUCCAUCAAGAAAACUGCUAAACCCACCAAGAGUUCCGCCAGAGAUAAAGUCAAUGUGGGAAUCCGUCUGCCGUACUUCCGUGUAGUGGGCAUUCAGGUGGACACGGAAGGGGCGGGGCGAAGCACAGGAACACCUGUCACUCCGUUAGAGGAAGAUGAAUUCCAACGUCUGGCUGCCACACCAAAUAUCUUUGAGACGAUAGCCAAGAGUGUGGCGCCCUCAAUUUUUGGAAGCAUAGACAUUAAGAAAGCCAUAGCUUGCCUUCUGUUUGGUGGAUCAAGGAAAAGAUUGCCUGACGGCCUGUGUCGUCGUGGGGAUAUCAACCUCCUGUUGCUAGGGGACCCAGGUACAGCUAAGAGUCAGCUGCUGAAGUUUGUGGAACGAUGUUCUCCUAUUGGGGUGUAUACAUCGGGUAAAGGAAGCAGUGCUGCUGGGUUAACAGCGUCCGUCAUUAGGGACCCAGCCUCGCGUAAUUUCAUCAUGGAGGGAGGAGCUAUGGUGCUGGCAGAUGGGGGUGUGGUUUGCAUUGAUGAGUUUGACAAAAUGAGAGAGGAUGACAGGGUGGCCAUUCAUGAGGCAAUGGAGCAGCAGACCAUCUCUAUAGCUAAGGCUGGGAUCACAACAACCUUGAACUCGCGCUGCUCUGUACUGGCUGCAGCCAACAGUGUGUUUGGGAGGUGGGACGACACCAAGGGAGAAGAGAACAUAGACUUUAUGCCAACCAUUUUGUCUCGUUUUGACAUGAUUUUCAUCGUCAAAGAUGAGCAUGAUGAAAAAAGGGACACAGUACUGGCCAAGCAUGUAAUGAAUGUCCAUUUAAACUCCCUGCAAACAACAGAAGAGCCAGCUGAAGGGGAACUUGGCCUGAACUUACUGAAAAAAUUCAUUGCCUACGUUAGAGGAAAAUGUGGACCUAGACUGUCUGCAGAGGCUGCUGAGAAGUUAAAGAAUCGCUACGUCUUGAUGAGAAACGGAGCCGGGGAGUAUGAGCGUGAGACAGGGAAGAAAGUCAGCAUCCCUAUUACUGUCAGACAACUGGAAGCCAUCAUUCGUAUUUCUGAGUCUCUCGCCAAAAUGAGGCUGGCCCCAUUCGCCACAGAGGCUGAUGUGGAUGAAGCACUUCGUCUGUUUCAGGUGUCCACACUUGAUGCAGCAACCUCCGGAAAUUUGGCAGGUGCUGAGGGUUUCACCACUGAAGAAGAUCAGGAGAUGAUUAGCCGGAUAGAGAAACAGCUGAAGAGAAGGUUUGUGAUCGGCUCUCAAGUCUCGGAACACGCCAUUGUCCAGGACUUCCUGCGUCAGAAAUAUCCUGAGCGAGCAAUCUUCAAAGUUAUUCACUUUAUGUUGAGAAGGGGUGAGAUUCAGCACAGGAUGCAGAGAAAAAUGUUAUACAGAGUGAAAUAAGGACAGUGCUGUGUGGAGAUAUGAUGCAUUCUUAGGAAAUAAAUACGACAUUUUUACAAAGUAAACAACCAACUUUCCAGCGACUUAUAUGUAUAUUUUAGCUGAAUAAACCCUGUUUUAGAUGACUUCCUUUGUAUGGACUGACUGAUCCAUCUUGUACAAGAUUUGGAAAUCUCUUUCUUGGGAAUGGCGGUAGAUAUCAAGUAGUGCAUGACUAAACAGUUGUAAUCAGGGAUUUCUCAUACGCUGGGAACUAUGUGGCAGUCGUGGUGUACUAGCUUAACAAAUUCACGUGGGAAUAAGGGAUGAACUAGAUGUACACAGGGGAGCAUGUGACAAUUUGUACAUAGUGCAAGCUUAACGCUUUCAGUGACACAUUUUUGUAGAGAAGUAAUUUGUAUCGUUCAUUAUAUCAUAUGCCAUAGAAACGAUAAUUGGAUCGGUAAAUUAAAUUCUA